AUGUCAAACGACGGAGAGCCCGUCGAAAACAACGCCGAUGCGUUCGAUUUCGGAAUCUUCGAUGAAUAUUUCGAUGACGAGGUCGAACAACUCGAUCCGAACAGGAGAGCAACAAUCCAAGAAAUCCAGUUGCUCUGCGAGUUUAUCGGAGGAUUCGCGCACUGGGAGCUGCUCAACGACGACUGCAAGAAGGGAGUGAUCUCAUUUCUGGAUUACAAUUCCAGAUGCAGACUGGAGAGAUGCUCGAAAUACGAUUACAGAAUGGUCAAAGCCACUCCGAUUCACGUUUAUCAGGCCGAUAUCGAGGACUCCGAAACGUUCCAUUUUCAGUUUCAGGAAGAGGAAUUUGUAAUUGCGCUCAACUGAGAGAUAAUUGAAUUGGAGACACUUUCAGGAAAAUGUGAUAGUCCGCAUUCAGUUCAGCGAGAACUACACCUCUGGAAAUGCUUUGGAGCUCAUUUUCUCGCAAUUGGAGCAAGACACUCAGAUCAGAUGGAUCAAGUAUUACGCGAGGCAGCUGCCGCAAAUUCGGAGCGUUCUUCUCAAGAACUGUGACUAUUACGACGAAUCGGUGAAGUUUGUGGCGAAAUGGAUGAAGAAAGGCCACUACAAACUGACCAAACUCUCUGUUGAUAUGGUAGAAAUAGAUAUAGUUUUUGGAAAUGAUAAUAUUUUUUCAGAAGAGAGUUUCUACCGCUUCCAAUUCGAUUCGAUCGCUUCCCUCCUGCACCAGGCUCCGUUUGGGUUCGAGCGACGAGGAAGUCUUUCGUUGGUGGCUCCAGAAGGUUCCCGAAGAACUCGACGUCCUUCAGCUGGUCUCACGGAGCGUUAGUAACGAUUUAGUACUCUCCCCACAACUCCUGUCACUGCCUCAAGUGAUGAAUGUGAAAGAAUUAUACUUCUGGUGCAAAGCAGCCUUUUCCGACGAACAGUUUUUGAGCCUGAAGGCCAAUCGGAUCAGCUUCGACCCGAUUCAUAUCACCGAUGAAGGAAUAAAUGCAUUUCUGAAGGCAAGACAACGUGAAGGAUUCUAAAGAUUUUUAAAAGACUAUUUCAGAAAUGGGCGCGCGGAGAAGGCUCGAGCGACUUCAAAAGAGCUCUUCUGUGGUCUGAGCAAGUGCGAGACCAGCAAACGAUUCUGCGAGGACUUCACGCUCGGCCAUGGGACAAUGAAUUCUUAGCGGAAGCGUAAACAACUCACGCAGGAGCUUAAUCUGAAGCAGAAACUUUUAGACGUGGCUUCACCGAUGAUUUUAAUCGAGUCUGUGGUCGUGGCACGUGCUUUCAGGUCUCCAGCAACGUGGAUUCGUACGAAAGUGUCACUGUUUGCUUUGCAAAUGAUCGGACGUCAUUUUAUGGAACGGGGAAGAGGCGAGAGUCGGGAGGACGGAUUUUCACUGAUUUCUCGGUCCCAUAA